AUGCUCGAGAUGAUACCCAUCCUUCAUGCACUCCACCUGACAAUUUCCAAGAAGAUGACGCACAAGAGUCCACCGGAGGUUCAAGCCACCUGUCUUGCAAGCUGCUUCCUGUGCACGGCCAGCAUCGGGCUGCUUUUGUUGCUUGGAACGCGCCUGGGGCUCGCCAAGUAUCUUCGCGCAGUGCCUCUGAUUGUGUUAAAAGGCGCCUUGUUUGGUGUGGCGAUCUUCUUGAUUUCAAGCUGUUUGCAUGUUUCUGCGGGUCUCGCCAUACCCCUCGUGGAGACUUGGCAACACUGGAUGCCUGCAGUGCUGCUGGGUUUACUGCUCUUCGCACUGGAUGAGGCCGUACACUCACCGGUUGCCAUUGCUCUGAGUUUGCUGGCUAUUGGCAUUACUCCUUCUGCUCUUGAUGCGCUAGGUAUCUGUACGAUCGCAGAGUUGCAGCAAGCAACAUGGGUUUUCCAGAGCGCGGCAGCGGAUUCGGUUGCAGAUUCUGGAGCUUGGUACUCUCAAAUGCUGGACUUAUACAGCUCAUGCUGGCAGUACAUCCAUUGGCCGAUCCUUCUGGAGAUGAUGCCGACCAUGCUGGGCAUCGCAGCUUCCGCAUCUUUGUUAAUGUUGAUGGACCUGAAGGCCGUGGAGCUGCUGACGGAGCGAGAGUUCAGCUUGGACAAGGAGCUUCGCAGCAUCGGGUUCAGCAACCUGCUCAGUGCCGUACUUGGAGGUGGUUGGCCCUGCUACAUUCUGUGCUCCUUGAAUGUGACGUGUUAUCGCUUGGGUGGCAGGUCCAAGUUUGUGGGGACUUGCCUUUCUUUGGGCGCAGUCCUUUGCCUCUUCGUAGCUUCCAAACUUCUCUAUCGGCUUCCGCGAGUGCUGCCGGGAAGUUUAUUUAUGUGGUUGGGCUUGGUCUUUGUCAAGGAGACCAUCGUGGACAUCUGCUCCAAGCACACCCACAAAUCAGAUGUGUUCAUUGUGGGCGUGAUGGCCUUGGUUGUGAAAUUCUACGGAUUCAACAAUGCGCUUCUAGUCGGCACGCUCCUGGCCAUGAGCUUCUUCACAGUCCGCUACAGCGGUUCCCAGGUGGGGGUCCGCACUUCCGGGGAUGCGCGCUUCUACCGGGCCAUCUGCACGAGAGACUUCACUGAACACUCGGCCCUAGAGGAGUUGGGGCAUCUUAUCGAGGUUGUGCACAUCAGUGGUUUCCUCAUGUUCGCUUCCACCCCGGCUUUCACCGAUGCCGUGCGAGAACUGCUGGCUGAUUCGGCUGACGGUCCAGAAUGGAUACUGCUCAAUUGCCAGAAUCUCCAAGGAUUGGAUUAUUCCGCCGCGCUGGAGCUGGCCACUUUGGGCCGCAAGGCAGCAGAGAGCCAAAAGCGCCUGGUGAUCACCGAGCUCCAGAGCAGUGUCCAGGAGGUUUUGCAACAGGCCCGAGUGGAGUUGAAGGAGCUGCCUGGGCCAGGCAGCAGUGUUCCUUUCGGUUUGUUCUACCAGUCCCAUUACCAGAGCGCUUUGCAGCGCUGUGAAAAUGGAGUGCUGUCUCGCCUAGGCCAGCGUUUACCGAGCAAAUCCCAGCCUUUGCUUGGGUCGGAGCAGGCCUUCAUGCGUGAAGUGCUGAAGCGCUACUUCGGCGACUUCUUGCCGAAAGACGGCUUGCAGGACAAGGCUCUCGACAGAGCGAUGGGCCUUUUCGAGAAAAAGGUGUUGGAGCCGGGUACCGUGUUGUGGAAUGCCGGUGAGGAGUGCACAAAGUGUGCUUGCGUGGUGGAGGGCACGAUCCACGCCUAUGCACACCCAAGCAGGAAAAGGGCAACACCGCUGAGUCCACAAAGAAAGAUCUUAGGUGACCUAGGCAGGGAUCGGUUGGUUUGCAUCGCCGGCCCAGGGGAUUUCAUUGGCUUCCUGGCUUUUGUGAACAGUUUCCCCUACGAGCAUACCGCUUUGGUGCCUUUAACACAGGGCGAGGACAGCGAGGAGCCCGAGUCCACGAGCAUUCUUGUGCUGGAGAAAAGCAGAUAUGAAGAGCUCUUGCUGACGGAUCCACCUCUUGGCCAAGCUUUGGUGCGAGGUUUCCUGAGACAGAUUAGCUAUGAAUGGAGCAGAAACCGUGACACCAAGUCGCUGACGACCCCGCAGCAAGAGUUUUCGCGGCUGGUCGGCCUGGCUCAGGACCUACAAGUGGAUCUUGUAGUGCUAGGUGGAGAUAUCGUGAACUUUCCGUCCAACCAAAGCGUCGCUUGGGUGCUCGAGCAGCUGCGGACCGCAGGCACGAGCUUUGUCUACACGUCGGGAAAUCACGAUUGGCUUUUGGAGGGCCAGCAAGGAGCCUCUAGUUACGAUGCUGCCCGAAUACCGGAGCUGGCGUCAACUCUCAGGCCGUUCUACGAGCAGAGCCUUUCAAACGGAGGGUCAUGCUAUAUGUCUCUGGGCGACUGGAGUCGGCCCGGUGCAGGUAUCCUGUACGGUUGCACAAUGGUGAAGGGACUAUUGUUGCUUUUCAUCGACAACUCCAACUACCAAGUGGACGAUGACCAGCUGGAAUUCACUCGCCUACAAGUUGAAAGCGUGAGCAAAGACACUCCCAUCGUCAUUUUGUUGCACAUCCCGUUGAAGCUUCCUGGCGCGACAUUGGCAGCAAAAGAGCUUUGUGGUCAUGCGCAAUGGGGUGCUGCGACUGACACAUUGUGGCAAGUGGAGGGCAGGCCAAGAUGGCCGGCUGGCAACUUGCAAAGCACUCUUGACUUCAGGGACUUGCUGCAGGCGAAGGCUGCCCCAACAGGUCCCGUGGUAGCUGUUCUUUCAGGGCAUACUCACGAGGACGCGGUCGUUUCCCUUAACCCGCCUGUGGAUGCCUGUGAACCGUCGGGUCGAUCCUGGACGGUGCGCUCAGAGGGCGGACGCGAGAAGGCGCAGGAGGGCGCCGGAGCACUCCAGUACACCACCCACACCGCUGCAGAAGGGGCCUACCGGGUCCUCACCAUCUAUUGA